CCGGCUCGGGAACGUGUGAAGCCCGACAGCGUCACGGCGUCAUAAGAGCAACUAAUGGCGCUCACCUUGUCUCUUACAACCACCUCUGCGGACUCUGUCGACUCCUUGAGCCAUGACCGACUUCUCGUACGACUCUUUGGGCUUCAAAGACAUUCUCGUCACCUUGGAUGAUGGUGUUCUCCUCGUUCUCAUCAACCGUCCCAAGCAAAAGAACAUGUUCGAAGCUGACCUCGCGAACGACAUUAUCCGCGUCUUCGAAGUCGCAGACAAGGAUGACCGCGUUCGCGCGGUCAUCCUGUCUGCCGACCCUACCGCACCUGCAUACUGCUCGGGAGCGAACAUCACUGGCGGAUGGGACAACCUCUUGACGCCCGAAGAGAAGAAGGAAGGCCUCCACUCGCAUCGCGAUGGCGGAGGCAAAGUCGCCAUGGCUAUCUAUCAUUGUCGCAAGCUCACUAUCGCUGCUGUGAACGGCCAUGCUGCCGGCGUAGGCUGCACUGCGCUACAGCUACCCUUCGACAUUCGCUUCGCCUGGAAGGAUGCGAAGAUCAUCUUCCCCUUCGUCCGUCGCGGGAUUGUCCCCGAAGCGACCUCCUCGUACCUCCUCCCCCGCCUCAUCGGCCAGUCACGCGCCACCGCCGUCCUCCUCACCGGCGACAUCCUCUCCCCGACCUCCCGCCACCUCGACGGCCUCUACCACACUAUCCUCCCCACGCGCGCGGAGGUCCUCCCCGCCGCGCUCGCCUUCGCCAAGGAGCUCGCGCAGAACACCUCGCAGGUCUCCGUCGCUUACGCGAAGGGUCUCAUUCAGCACCCCGGCGCUGAUCAGGAGGAGAAUCAUCUGCACGACUCGUACGCGAUGGCGGCGUUCAGCAAGGCGCGCGAUGCAAGGGAGGGGACGAAGGCGUUCUUCGAGCGUCGCGCGCCCAAGUUUAAGGAUACGCUAUCGGAGAACCUGCCGUCGUACUAUCCUUGGUGGCGCUCUGUCGAUAUCCGCCAUCGGGCAUUCAAGCUAUGAGGAUGGUCAUUGUGCGUUGGGAAAUCUUACGUAUACGCCUUGUUGCUUGAUGUACGAGUAUAUGGAAUUCAUGGCUGCUUCACGCAUAAUUGCGAGCCACUCUCCCUCCC